AAACAAGUGAUUCAACGAAUCGUCGAUCUCUUAAACGGAUCAACCGAUGAUUUGCAAGUCUUGGAAUUCAGUACAUCUGACACUACAAUCAAAGUCUUUAAAAAUCGUGUCCAGAAUUUACUUAAAUGUCUGAACGGUGUUCCCAUAGUAUUGGUAACUGACGGCAAAGCAGCGAUUAAUGCUUCAUAUCUAUUAGAUUUAUGCUCUAAAGCGGGUCUCGAGUCGGGUGUCAUUCAAUUGGUUAUAGCGGACAACAAGAAUGUUGAAAAUCUGACCAAAACUACUAAACCAUUGCGCGCUCCCAUAUAUGCAGUCUUUGAAUCGGGAGAUAUCGAGUGUGCGAUCGAUGCGAUCAUCAAUUCCUAUAUCAAUGACACUAACGAUUCCGUCAGUGUUUUUGUUCAACAAUCCAUUUACAAGAAGUUUUGCGAACAAAUGAGGACUCGUUUAUCAAAUUGCAUCGAAACCGGCGACAGAUUGAGUCCUAACGCAGAUAUUAUCUCAAAUAUUAAUGUCAAUUACGAUGGAAUCGAUUUCGACAACGAAAACAAAUCCUUUGAUUUCCAAGUUUUCAAAUUCCGUACUAACGAUGAGCUCAAGAAUUUGAUCAAUCAUUUCAACGAAAUUGCUUUCAUUUCUUUGUGGGCAGAGAAGACUUCUUUAGCCAUUGAAUUCGCAACUCUUCUCACUUCGAGUGCAAAUAUGGAAAAAAGUUUGUGAAGAAGAAAGAGAAGAACUUAUCAACAAUUAUAUCAGUUAUGAGAGCUCUCUUACAGACUCUCAUCAUUUGUCUAAAUUGCAGAGUUUUAAUCAACGAAUCGUCGAAAGCAAAGACAGUAAUGGCAUUCAAUUAUCAAUUACUCGUUUGGAAGCAAUCGGUUUAAUCUUCAUUAAAAUUGGCGAUAAAUUUGACGGCAAAAUAUUAUCUACUGUUUUAGAAGCACUCAUUUCCGGCAAUUCUGUACUGAUUUCAGGAAAUAAUGCCAACAAAUUGCCAGAAUUUCUAAAUCUUCAACAAUAUCUACAAUCAUCUGGUAAUGACAUCUUCCACUUCAUUGAUGAAAUGGACACUCAAUUAGAAGGAAAUGGUGUCUUAACUCUGGGCUCAAACGUUGUCGGACUUUAUUUACAACAAUUGGAUGAUUUGUGCCAAAAAUCAUUCGUUAAAUUUGGGAAAACCAUUACUUUAUCAUUUGGUGACAUAAGUUUCGGAAAGUAACAGUACUUUACAAUUAAAUCUCAAUUAAUUUACACAACGAUUAAUAUUUGUAAC